AUGCUUAGGAGAUUGAUCUGUAGCUCAAGGCUACCCUACGUGUUUGUUCAACGUGGGUCUGUUUCCAGGAGCUUAGCAAUCAAUUUUGUGCGUACUUUGGCUACCUAUCAAGAUUACGAUAUUGAUCUUAUCACAUUGAGAAGAACUCCAAAAGGCACCGGUUUACGGGAGUUUCCUGAUCUUGCGUUUCUCACUGACUAUGAGCCGCCUGCUUCCACUCCUCUCAGCUAUGAUGUGGUGAAGAAGUCUUUAAACUUACAAACUGAUAACCCACGCUUUGAUUUUGCAGUCACGUACUUUUAUGAGUUGACCCAAUUUCUCAAGUUUGUCGUCAAUUCGUACGACAGUAAAAUCCGGUCCUUUGACCAAUUUACUACCACAGAAUUUUUGAACUCAUUGUACAUCUUCAAGGACAUGUAUUCCAAGGGUAAAAUCGAUACCAAUAUUGAAAAGGAUCGGUUUUACAAAAUGUUUGAUGGCGUCUUGAAAAUCGUGUCGAAGUACCCUGAAUUCCCUUCCUAUCUAACCCCUCAAGUUUUUAAUCAAGCAAAGGUGCUGGCAUCGACAAUUGAUUUUUUCAGAAGUGGAGCUGGCUCCUUUAUUGGUGAGCUUUCAUGCCUCUCCAACGAAUUGGACUUUUCUGCGGUAUCCACUGCAGAGGUUUGUCGCUCUAUUGAUGCAACUGCUCAUGAGUUCGAUGCCAUAUUGCUGGAGAGCGAUCGUGAUGCUUUCUUCACAGAAUCAUUUUGGAGCUGCUUCAUCCAGGUUCAUAGGUACAAACGGCUUCGUGAUAUCUUGAAGUCAUGCAAUAUCAAACCUGUCACUAUUGCCAGAGUGUUGGAGGACCCUUCGUUGAGCUCGAUUACUUAUAAGGUGUUUCAAUUAUCAGGAGCACAAGAAAAAUUGGACUCUUUGAAACUGCGUUUCAAUCCAUACGUCAGCUACAUCUUUGCGGCUAGUCCGUCGUCGAACGAGUCUCACUGGGAAAACUUCUCUUCCUUUGCUUCAUUAUUGUGCUCAAACUUGGCGGAAAGUACUGAUGAUUUGGUUUACACAUUUUCGAAGCGAAUUCUUAUCUCUCUCAUGCCCCAGUUUUGCAAUGGCACAGUGAAAGACCACGAGUUUAAAGACAUGUUCGACUACCUGGCCCCAUCUGAUUGGUUUCUAUUUGAUGAUUCAUUCCAGAGCAACUAUGAAUUGAAUGCCGUGUUCGAAAGUGGGUUGUAUAGAAAGAGGCUUGGGUUACAGAUUUUGCGGUAUCAUUUCGGAGAGAAAUUCGAACAAGCUAGCUUUCUGGGUGAAGAUGUCAAUAAAUUGUUGAAUUCACUCUCUGUGAACGCCCAUUUAGUCGCGGCUGUCGAGGAUGCAAUUAUGGCCAUUUGUCAUUACGAGCAGGCUUGUCCAUGGAAUAGUGCUGUUAUAGAUAAACUACUUGAUGACCCAACCAUUUGCGCAAAGCUUGACACAGCUUACGAGUGGUUUGAGUCGGAUAGGAGCUUAGGGGAUAUCGAUUUGCGGCACAUCAAAGCUAACGAAUCUGAAGAGACAAAACCAGCGGUCGAUAUGAGUAAGUUCACCACAGAGUUGGCCGAGUUCAAGGCACAUGAUCUUUGCAAUUUUCCCUACUCGUUAUUUCUGCCGGGUCAAUUGUGUGCCAUUUUGGACUCCCAAAUCCUUGAAUUCCAAAUGGACUCAUAUGAUUCAUCAUCGGCUAUAAAUGAUGAAACUAUACUGAAGUAUAAGGAAUUGUUGGCUGCGUUUGAAGGAUUGUCGCAAAGUGAUUGUGCCAAUCUUGAUAAGUAUUGCGGUCAACCUGUCGGUGGAGCAUACUUGCAGAUUCCUGACGAUUCAAAUAUUCAUGAGUUUGUUACGGAACUUUCUGCCUUUAAGGAAGAUGUUUUAGGAGGUAACAACUUUUCAGGGUAUUCACGGAACGAUUUGCUUGACCUAUAUGCCUCUUGGGUCAAUCACAGGCAUAGCGAUUCUAUCCCACACCUAAGAUUACAACGCAGUCUCGAAGCGUUACUAAGAAAUAAUGGUGGGUACACCUUUGUUCUUGACUCCAUUAUCAAUAGCCACAAGGUGUUCGCUGAGGUUGAAAAAUCUAUCAAAGCCAAAUCUAACUACGUUCAAAUUCCCGAUGAGUUGGAACUCUAUAAGUUCACCAAUGAACUCUGCAUUGUGAAAAACGUAUUAUUGAAGGGUCAAGAUUUCAAGUCAGUGACUCUGAUUGAAUUGUUGCAAUCUUUACUGAACGCUCUAGCUGAUGAGCUGCUUGUAGAGAUUCAAGAUAAAUUGUUCAAUUUCAUGCGGUUAGAAGGGCGUUUGAGAAAGCUAUUUGCUAUUAAUGGUGGCUAUGUUGCUAUUUUGGAUACCCUUUUGCAUAGUCAAUCUGUUUUUGAAAACCUUGACAAGACUGUUAGUGACAAGACAAAAGCAAUGGAUUACAAGCAAAUUCCAGAUGACUUUCUAUUGGAGGACUAUAUCGUUGAUUUGAUGCAAUUACGAACGGAGAUUGGAAGCAGCUUCAAAGAUUCUGAUGCAAGCUCUAUUCUUGCCAAAUUGGCUCUGAUGGCGACCAUGGAAAAGAAGUUCAAUCUCGAGAAAAGGUUGAUCUUGCGCAAACUUUACCGUGUUUUAUCGGUACUUUUCAAACAUAACGGAAACCAAACAUUCAUCUUGGAUAACGUCAUUUUGAACGGAGAGGUGUUUGGGCAAUUUGAGGGCCGCAAAAAAGGGCCCACGAAUGUUUCAGACCUUGUUGCUCGUCACUUUCAAUUAGUUCGCAACUAUGAAUACUUGUUGAGAGACAUUUGUGCAGCAUUAGGAGAUCCUAUAAAGGUCAACUUUAACGAAAAGCUUCAAGAGUUCUCGAAGGGAAGAAGCAAGUAUGAACGUCCUCUUAUCAACGAUUUGAUUCGUGAGCUUUCUGCACUAAAUCUGCAAAUAAAGCACUACCCGCUCCUUCUAACCAAGCUGGUGAAUGCUCAGGUUAAGUCGGUGGACGAAGCACAAAAGAUUUUUGACAACCAUUUGACAUCUAUUGCGAACAUCAGAGACACUUCAUCGGUCGAUAUGUUUGACGAAAGUGGUGCCCGCAUUGUGGCUUCUAACCUUGACAAAGAGCCAAAGCUAAACAAGUACAACUUACAGGAAUUCAUCGGUGGAGAGUCCUCGGCUACAACGAAACCCAAGUAUUCGAACAUUGAUGAUCUCAUGUCUUCGGUUUCGAAAUCACGUUCGGAACCUGACUCGUUUAGUGAGCAAAUGUUUGGAGAACCGCCAUCAGUUCAAAAGGCAAAAGCUGAUGCGAAGAAUCGACUCGCUGAAGAGGAUCCCGAGGAAGCAAAGUACCUUAGUGGGAUGACCGCCGAUGAUAUCAGAGACAACUAUAACCGUCGCUCAGUACACAAGUCGAAAGUCGAACAGUUUUUGAAGGAUGCCAAGGAAAAGCAGCAUUUGGGUCAAGAGCAAGAGUUUAGAGCGAACAAGGCUUAUGAAUGGAGUAAAAGUAUGUGUCAUUCGAAUAGAUCGUUGGAGUCGCACAACUUUUUCAAUCCCUUGGAAGUGAAAAAGGAUGCUGGCAAGAACAAGCAGUACUUACUUUUGACCCAGGAUGGUCAACAAGUGGUAUCGCGCGAAAACCCACUUGGCCCUCGUCAUGUUACCGAAGAUAUGUAUACCAUUUUGAGUCGCUUUGGCGAAAAGGACGCGGAAAAGUUCAUCAAGAGUGUGAAUCGGCUUCAAAGAAAGCACUGGAGGUUGAUCGGUGGUGGUGAAAAGGGAGAAAAAAUGAUGGUUUUCGAACGUGAGAUUCGCAGAAAAGGAGGAAAAUGGCUCGUACGGCUCAAGUCGGUAUUGGCGACUGCUGGUGCCUUGUUUGUCCUUCUUUUUGGUCUAGACUGGUACUGGACUCGUCCCAAUUCCGUUUCGAGUGUUAAAAGAAGGCCAGAGCCCGUCCCACAAGUGAUUCAAGUUGAACCACCGGUGGUGAGGGAGUCCACGAUUAAGGAAAGCACGCCACAACAACAGCCACUGGUAUGGAAGAGCUUGUUGUGGAAGUCAAAAGACUGA